CUUAUGCAUUUAACCAAGAAAAAGGGCAAGGCGUAGCCGCAUAGCUUCUGCUUCCUGACAAUAGAGAUAGAGCAAAGCUUUCUUAUUUGCUUUAAAAAAAAAAGAAGCUUUUUUCCAAAAAAUCCCUGUGGGGAAUGCAGAGAGAUGAGAAGGGCGUCGUUGACAAGGCCUGAGCUUUGUGGGCACGGUAAGCGAUCCAUCGGCGGUAGGAAUUGCCACCGAAAACACGUCGAAGACGGCUGAUUCCUUGCACUGUAACAAAAAAGGGAAAAAAAAACGCUUUAUUAUCUGAAUCUCUGCUUUUAAUCUUCUGUUUCUUUAUGCUAUCUUUGUGUUGUAAUUAAAAAUUUUAGAUCAGAAAAGAUCGAAGCUUUCUCCAUCUGGUUAAAAAAUGGCGGAGAAAACUAAGAGUGACCACCCUUCUUUGCUUCAUGGAAAAUACGAGCUUGGUCGAAUGUUGGGUCAUGGAACCUUCGCCAAAGUCUACCAUGCACGGAAUCUUCAUACAGGGAAGAGUGUUGCCAUGAAAGUUGUUGGGAAAGAGAAGGUGAUUAAAGUUGGGAUGAUGGAGCAGAUCAAGCGAGAGAUUUCCAUUAUGAAGAUGGUGAACCACCCCAAUAUAGUUGAGUUGCAUGAAGUCAUGGCAAGUAAAUCCAAGAUUUACUUUGCCAUGGAACUUGUCCGUGGUGGAGAACUCUUCUCUAAAAUUGCCAAGGGUCGACUCAAGGAAGACUUGGCAAGAGUUUAUUUCCAACAGUUGGUUUCUGCUAUCGAUUUCUGUCAUAGCCGUGGGGUUUACCACCGUGAUUUGAAGCCCGAGAAUUUGCUCUUAGAUGAAGAUGGGAACUUGAAGGUUACAGAUUUUGGACUCAGUGCGUUCUCGGAACACUUGAAACAAGAUGGGUUACUGCACACAACUUGUGGAACACCGGCUUAUGUGGCGCCCGAAGUUAUUGGGAAGAAAGGGUAUGACGGGGCUAAAGCCGAUAUUUGGUCUUGUGGGGUAAUUCUUUAUGUGCUUCUUGCCGGGUUCUUACCGUUUCAAGAUGAUAACUUGGUGGCCAUGUAUAGGAAGAUUUACAGAGGCGAUUUCAAGUGCCCACCUUGGUUUUCCACUGAAACUCGUAGAUUAAUCACUAAACUUUUAGAUCCCAACCCAAGUACCAGAAUCACCAUCUCAAAGAUCAUGGACUCGUCUUGGUUCAAGAAAUCUAUGCCCAAGACCAUUAGAACCAAGGAAGAGUUAGAAUUUGAAGCGUUCAAUGGUGACAAAUCAUCCAAGCCUGAGACUUUGAACGCCUUCCAUAUCAUUUCUUUGUCUGAGGGCUUUGAUUUGUCGCCUUUGUUUGAAGAGAAGAAGAGAGAAGAGAAAGAAGAGCUGAGAUUCGCUACAACAAGGCCAGCAAGCAGUGUAAUAUCGAGACUGGAGGAGGUGGCCAAGUCGGUGAAGUUCAGCGUCAAGAAGAGCGAGUCAAGAGUGAGGUUGCAGGGCCUGGAAUGUGGAAGGAAAGGGAAAUUAGCGAUUGCUGCUGAUAUAUUUGCAGUGACGCCGUCGCUUUUGGUGGUGGAAGUUAAAAAAGACCAUGGUGAUACCCUUGAGUACAACCAGUUUUGCAGUAAAGAUCUCCGACCGGCGCUGAAGGACAUCCUCUGGACGUCGCCCGCCGAGAACUCGACGCUUGCUUGAUCUUAAAAAGGAAAAAUAACUAGAAGGUGGGAAGUUUCAAUAUUUAUCUGUUCUAGACCAUUGUUUGAUGAUGAUGUUAUUGCGUUCUUGUUCCUGUUGUGAUUGUUUUGAUGGAAAUUGGAAAGAGAGUAUGUUAUGUUC